AUGAAAAUGUAUUUUCUUCACUUUAUGCACAUCUUUGAUAUUCUCGCCUGCGUGAUUUUCAUCUCUUCACUUGUUGAUGGCGCAUCCCUUGACGAGCUGCCUCCAACUGUGGACCACUGCUUCCCAAACCCGUGCCAAAACCAGGCUAUAUGCAGAAACCGUGGGGACGGCUACUCCUGCUUCUGCGUGCCAGGCUUCCAAGGUGCUCACUGCCAGAUAGAUGUGAACGAGUGCGUUUCACAGCCGUGCAGGAACGGAGCCACCUGCGUGGACAGAGUGGGGAGAUUUUCCUGUCUGUGUUCUCCAGGAUUCACAGGCACCACUUGUGAGAUCCAGAUUGACGAGUGUCAAUCACAGCCUUGUCUAAACAGCGACCGUUGCCAUAGCUACGCAGGGGGCUUCAGAUGCACCUGCCUCCCUGGUUUCCAAGGACAGCGAUGUGAAAUCAACACGGAUGAGUGCAGGGACCAGCCGUGCCAAAAUGGGGCUCUGUGCAUCGAUGGAGUGAACGAAUACAGCUGUGACUGCUCUUACACAGCCUUCACUGGUCCACACUGUGAGACUCCACUCCCACAGUGCAUCUCUGAGCCCUGCUUUAACAGCGCCAUCUGUCGGGACAACCAGGGCAACUACACCUGCGAGUGCUGGCCUGGGUUUGAGGGGCGUCACUGUGAGGUGGAUAUCAGUGAAUGCAGCAGCAGUCCCUGCAUGCAUGGGGGCAGCUGCAUCGAGAGGUCAUGGCAGGCCCUGUACGGCAGUGAGCCUCUGCUGCCCCAACACUAUGACCAGACACAGGCUGCAGGAUACAUCUGCAUCUGUCCUUCAGGAACAACAGGUUCCCUUUGUCAGGACGUGAUAAACCAGUGCGAGUCCAGUCCGUGUCAGAAUGGGGGCAGGUGUGAGAGUCGUGUUGGGGGCUAUAGGUGUCGCUGCCUCAGACAGAGCCCUGAUGGACUCCUUUAUGGAGGAGCAAACUGUGACGUGAGGCUGGUGGGAUGUGACGGCCACGAAUGCCAGAACCAAGGCUCCUGUUCACCCUUCCUGCUGGACGAGACUCAUGGAUACACCUGUUCCUGCACACCUGGAUACACCGGACCCCUCUGUAACACCCGCACCACGUUCUCCUUCGAGCGCAGAGGGUACUUACUGUUGCACAACCCCCUGCUGGACGCUGAGCUGACCUGCAACAUCACCCUGAGCUUCAAGACCGUUUUACCCCGAGCACUGUUGUUCCAGAGGAGCAACAGGGGGCUCCUGCUGGGCCUGGAGCUGGAGGGGGGUCAGCUGCGUCUCUCCCUGAGGGGGCAGGACUCUGCUGGUGCUGAAAGUCAGAUUCUGGAGCUUCCCUUGAACGUCACUGAUGGAGAGUGGUAUUCUGUGGAGGCUGUGCUCACAAACUGGGCGCUCAGUCUCAAACUGAUGGACGAUGCUGCCAUCUGUGCGAGCCAGCCAUGCCACGUGGUCGUCCCACUCCAAAGACCCCUGCUGGGGUUUGAGAACGCUCCUCAGAACACUUUCAUCGGGGGGACACUCGAGAAGCCGAAGCGCUCCAAUGAGACCGCGUCCCCUGCGUUCAUCGGCUGCAUGCGGGAUGUGUUUGUGGACUGGCAGCUCGUUGUACCUGAGGAGUGGCUGAGCGACUCUGCGGUUAACGUGGCCCCCGGCUGCAGCCACAGGGACCGCUGCCUGGACGAGCCGUGCCAAAACAGGGGCCACUGUGUAAACCUGUGGCAGAGCUAUGAGUGCUGGUGUCCAAGGCCUUAUGAGGGGCACGACUGCGAGGAGGGUAGCCUUUGUGAGCGCCGUGGUAAAACAGCAACCAAUGGAGCCUUCUCCCUUUGCUGGGAACAUCUAUGCUGCAUAGUUUUCAUCAAAAUGACUUUGCUUUGUUUGUCUCACUUGUUUGUGCUUCUUUCUUUCUCCUCACAAUGUUUUCCUCUCACCUCUCUGUUCCUCUGCAGUGAACGUGUGGAAGAACUUCCUUGGUACAUCGUUGUCAGAAAUGUAAGGCCCAAGCUGCCUGUUUCUGUGUGUGGUGACGACAAAAUGAAUUACACCUGCUUCAAUGGAGGAAACUGCACUGACCGGGAGCUGUCAUGUGACUGUCCCCCAGGCUUCAUUGGGCACCGAUGCGAGCAGGAAGUGGAUGAGUGCAAGUCCAACCCGUGUCUUAACGGAGGUUUUUGCCGCAACCUGGUCAACAAGUUCAUCUGCGUGUGCGACAUGAGCUUCGCUGGAGACGUGUGCCAAAUGGAUCUGACCUCUGAAGAUUUGACCUCUGACCUCUUGCUGCCUGUAAGCCUGGCCUGUGUCCUCCUGUUGCUGGUUCUGAUCCUGACCUCCGUCGGCUUGGUGGUGGCGCUUAAUCGACGUGCCACACACGGCACCUACAGCCCCAGCCGGCAGGAGAAGGACGGAUCCCGAGUGGAGAUGUGGAGCAUCACUCAGCCGCCGCCCAUGGAGAGGCUCAUAUGAG